UGUCCAUGCAGUAAUAUUAUUUAUAAAAAGGGUCAACAAAGGAGGCCACAGUAAUAUUAUUGAUAAAAAGGGUCAACAAAGGAGGCCAUAUAUGUUAUUGUCCUUAUUAAUCAAUAAUCAAAUUUUUUAGCUUUGGAACCGAAUAGGAAUUGUUGAAAAUAAAAGAGAUGUCAUACUAAAAGUUUACCUUACUUCCAUGUAAAUGUACUCUCUGCAUAUAUAAUUCUAUGCAUCAUACUAGUAUUACAUUUAUAACUCCGUUCUUACGUAACUAGACUUGAGUAAAAUGGAGCCAUGGAAUGACCUGAGCGGAAAAGUAGUGAUGGUGACCGGGGCAUCAUCAGGAAUCGGGUUAGAGUUCUGUCUCAACUUGGCCAAAGUCGAUUGCAGAAUCAUUGCAGCUGCUCGUCGCGUUGACAGACUAAAAUCUCUCUGCAACCAAAUUAAUAGUAAUUGCGAGGGACCACCGCAUGCAAUUGCCGUCCAGCUUGACGUCGCUGCUGAUGCUGCUACAAUUGAGUCCGCUGUGCAAACAGCUUGGGAUGCCUUCGGACGUAUCGAUGUCUUGAUUAACAACGCCGGCGUUAGAGGCAGUGUGAGCUCUUCAGUGGAAUUGUUAGAGGAGGAGUGGAACCAUACCUACAACACGAACCUAAGAGGGGCAUGGAUGGUUUCGAAAUACGUUUGUAGACGCAUGAGCAAUGCUAAACAGCGCGGAGGAUCUGUUAUUAACAUCACUUCAAUGGCAGGUCUGAAUCGUGUAGUAGUACCGGGGACUCUUGCUUACGCUUCUUCAAAGAUGGCUCUUGACAUGGUCACUAAGAUUAUGGCGAUUGAAUUGGGAGUAGAUAAUAUCAGAGUGAACUCGAUAUCACCAGGAAUUGUCAAAUCAGAGAUAACAGAGACCCUUAUUAAACAAAAAUGGUUCCAUGAGUUCCUUUUCAGAACCCUUCCUAUAAGACAUCUUGGGACGACUGAUCCAGGCUUAACAUCACUUGUUCGAUACUUAAUCCACGAUUCUUCUGAGUACGUAACAGGCAAUGUUUUCAUUGUCGAUGGUGGAGCUACCUUACCAGGUGUUCCCAUUUUCUCAUCAUUAUAGAACUAGCAAAUGAAGUUUAACAAGAAAUGAACAUGUUAGAGGAGUACAAUAAUAAUGAUGGUUUUUUCUUCUUGCGUUAAAUUACUAGUAUAUUGUAUAUUCAAUUCUUGAAGCAAGCAAAAAUGUACCUCAAUACUCAGCGUAAUUUGGUAUUGCGAUACCUCCUGCUGUUUGGAUUAAAGUUGCAUUUAUUUUUAUUAA